UCUUCCAGAAUGAAGAAGACGCUGCCGUAGCCGUUCAAGCGUUCGACGGGUAGGUGACCGUUCUCAUUGUGGUAUCUACUUGACGUCCGGUCCGGCUCAUUAUGGUUAUCCAUACUGGCAGUUUCGAAUUCAACGGUCGAGCCAUCAAAGUACGACAAGAUCGCAACAGUACUGGCCCGGGCAUCUCAGCUCAGAGCGUCUCCAGUGGCGUUCAGUUGGCAUACGGAUCAGCUGGACCGGGCAUCGAUGGCCUUCCAGGCCACGCCGAUCGACAACCCGCCCAGACCCUGAGGCAGGCCAUCCAUCUGAGGCAGGACCGUAUGCUCGACAAUCAGCUUGAUCCGCUCUCUGCCUCGAGCAACGGAUUAGGAUCGUCUCCGAAGCCCGUCUCGCAAGAGGAUCCGAAGAACCAGGUGACCGCUUCGAUUCGCCGGGGACAGAUCGGCACGAACGUCAACGCCAACAAUGGAUCGUCCAGUGGCAGGUUCCGGAAUGGAUCUCACCCCGGGCGGAUCAUCAUGCCCAGCUUCAACGGGUUUGGUCAGCCUAAUCCGAUGUCGCCCGUUCAGCAGCGUGGCAUCCCGAUGACUCCCUCUGUGAGUCGCUCGAUACAGAUGCGAAUUCGAGCGAUUCUCGAAUCUGACCUCGUUCACCUGUUUGCAGAUGCCCGGCUACAACUUUCACGCGUAUCCUGUAAGCCCUCUGUAUCGAGGCCCGUGCGAGUCCCGCCCGACUAAUCCAUCUCCUUAUUCUAGUCCACGCCUCCACUCCAUCCCAUAUCGUUCCUGUCGCCAGGUCUUGGCCCGUUCUCGCCCACAUUGAACAGUCCUACGACGUUUGGUUUCAACCCGUUCCAUGCUGCGCCGGGUGCUCCGCUCAUGACCCCAG